AUGUCUCCCUCGUCGGCCACUCCUGCUGAGAACAAAGACACUCUAAUGGCAGCCCCUAUUCAGGAGUCUCUGCAGAUGCAGCAGCCCAACGCGCAUCAGGCCAUGGACCCUCAACAGCCUCACGCUGAGCAGCCGCAGAUGACUCUGCGCGGCGGACAGGAAGGCCGUGGCAUGUGCCCUGGAAGGUUCUGCUUCAUAAUCCCAUGCCCUAUCCCCAUUAACUGCUGCAUCUUCCCUUGCCCCUGUUAA